CAGACCUCUAUUGUCCGUUCAUGCACAAAGACUGUUUGUACACACGUGCAUUUCAUUCUGUCGAAGACCUCUAACACAGUCCCACCAGAAAAACUGUAUGCAUCCUGGUACAAAGAAACAACUUCCUUUAAGUGUUUAGAGAAAGAUUCAAUCUCUUCUUAUGCAUCUUGGGAGCUACGCCUGAAUAUUCAACAUGGAGAUAUAUGUCUUAGGGAUUAUCAUUGCAACAUGUGGCAAUCUCCUUAUCAGUAUUUCAUUGAACAUCCAGAAGUACACCCACACACGCCAGUCCCAAGAAGGCACCAAGCCAUACUACACCAGUCAACUGUGGUGGUAUGGAAUCCUACUCAUGGGGCUUGGUGAACUUGGUAACUUUGCUGCAUAUGGAUUUGCACCAGCUUCCCUCAUUGCUCCUCUCGGCUGUGUGUCUGUCAUUGCCAGUGCUAUAAUCUCUGUGGUUUUCCUGAAAGAGGUUUUACGAGCCUCUGAUUUACUGGGGGGUGUUCUUGCUCUAACUGGUACAUUCUUGCUGGUGACCUUUGCUCCGCACUCUGCCCCCCAUGUGACAGCCAACAUGGUGGAGCGCUGCCUCAUCAGCUUGCAGUUCCUCAUCUACUUUUUUUUUGAAGUGGUUUUGUUUUGUGUCCUGCUCUACCUGUACAAGUGCAGGAAUCUGAAACACAUUGUUAUUGUGAUGCUUCUGGUGGCUCUGCUGGCCUCUGUGACUGUGAUCACUGUGAAAGCUGUGUCUGGAAUGAUCACAGAGACAAUUCGUGGGAGCUAUUUACAGCUCACUUACCCCAUCUUCUACAUCAUGUUUAUCAUCAUGGUAGUCUCAUGUGCCUACCAGAUUAAAUUUCUCAAUGAAGCUAUGAAGAUGUUUGAUGCCACAGAAAUUGUUCCCAUCCAUUUUGUUUUCUUCACAGCCAGUGCUGUAAUAGCAGGGAUUUUAUUUUAUGAAGAGUUUUAUGGUUUAUCUCUGAUAUACAUCAUCAUGUUUGUGCUUGGGUGCUUGUUAGCAUUUACUGGAGUGUUUCUGAUUGCUAGAACACGACCUCAAAUCAAAAUGGACAGAGUCUUCAUCUCUAUGGGUAAAAUCUCAGGUAAAAGCAGCAAUGCUAACAUUCAGCCAGAGAGAAAGGACAAUAAAUAUGAAGGUCUGGCUUCCAAACUUGUGUGCAACAGUGGAAUGCAGCAAGAUGACAUUUAGAUCACUACCUAAUGGACUAUUGAGCAUAGUGAAGUGUGUGUAUGUGUAAUACAGAGAAGCCUAGUGUGGUAACUGUCUGAAUGCCAAAUGUGGGCUGUAUACUCAUGUAUUAAGCUUCAUAAAGAAGCCAUGAAUUAGAAUUGGUUGUCCUUGUUUACAUGAUUAUUCAAAAUGACUGGAUCAGCACUCUUCCUCUGACAUACACAGUUCUGAUUGGAACAAGCUAAAAGAUAUUUGUCAGAUACAUGAAAUGCAUCUGUAAAGGGGGGGCCACUUUAAUUCAGAAUAAUCUAUAUUAACAGCAUUCCUCUAAUAGUUUAUAUAAUGGGUGUUUCUAAUUUUUAUAUA